ACGCCUGACACUGCUGGUUCUCCCUCUGCAACCGUAACACGGGGAAUCGGAUAAGGUUCUCCUCUAUCUCCGAGAAGACGACGACGAGCGAGAGAUCGGAGCACCGAGCACGUACAAUGGAGUCUACGCUGAUCACGAGAUACCCCAUCCUUCCCUGUCCCCCGAGACGGGCCACCUCGCCUUCGCGCUGCUCCGCCGGAGCCGGCCGCACCGCCUCCGCGUCGUUCCCCCCCGUCGGUGGCCGCGGCGUCCUUCGUUCCCGAAGCGGCGGGGGUGCCGGUGGCGAGGGCUCAUCGCUCUCCGCCGCGGCGGCCGCGCUCGGCGAGGCGGCGGCGGCGGGGGGCGGCGCCGGAUCCGACUCCGCGGCCAUCCUGCUCAAUGUCCAGGGGAUGAUGUGCGAUGGAUGCGCUGCGAGCGUGAAGCGGAUUUUGGAGAGCCAACCUGAAGUUGCUUCCGCUACCGUUGAUUUUAAGGAAGCAAAAGCAGUCGUGUGGACAACAGCCGAGGCCAAGGUAGCUGAAGAUUGGCAAAAGCAAUGUGGAGAAAAACUAGCAAAUCACCUGGGCACCUGUGGAUUUGAGUCUCGCCUGCAAGAGUAAGAAGAAACCAAGCGAAGUCAACCAUGGAUGUCGAAGACGCAGUGCAGCCGACGUUCUGUCAUAAGGUACCACAUGUGCUCGCAGGCUUGCAAAACUAAGUUGCCAUGCUGGAGAAUUCAGCAGCAACGCAUUACAGCGUUUCAAUGCUCCAAGCUAAACCUUAGUGCCAGAAUGCUAACAUCACAUUUCCCUUGUUCAUGAACUUUAGAAAGUUCAUCUGGAAAAGCGUGACCAAGAACAAUCCAGAGGGUCUUGUACCCCCAGCUGCAUUCUUCAUCCUAAUUAUUUACCUAUGACGUGGCUUGUGGACAGUGGGUGUGUGGCUCAAAUGAGGCUUAACUAUUCAAGUAUUAUCUCCCUUUUUAAUGUUUGAAAUCGUCAACU